CGCAUGUGGGCUACAGACACAUGAGAGCAGAACCGGGGGCUGCGCUCAACCAGACGGAGUUAUGUACUGUGCUCACCCGGUGUCCGCCACAGGCAACGGCUCCCUCAUGUACUGCUACGACGUGAAGCCGGUUUAUGGGCAGUCUCCCUCUAAUGACGACGUCAACCAGAACUCAUCUUCACAUCCCUCCUCCAAGGCGCACAGCAAUGUGUUUGCAAGCACUUUCUUUGAGGGGAUGAGCAACUCGCCGGACAUCUGGAGCGCCGUGAAUGGGCUGAACCAGCAGGGCUAUGAAGGAGCGUCGGGGGCCGCCACCACGCAGCGGACGCCGCCGGGCAGCUACAGCGUGCUGCAGCCACCGCAGCACGGCCACCUGGACUACUCCCCGCAGUCAGUGAUGGCUGCCGACAUGAACAGGGCUCUCCCACCAAUGUCCACUUUCCACCGCCGCAGCAACACCGUGCCGCGCACUCCGUCAGUCAACGCCUCCGAGAAUUCAACAGGGAACAAGGGACACGUGUCAGCAGGGUCACAGACAGGCGAUACCUUGGGCAAAGCUCUGGCCUCUAUUUAUUCCCCCGAUCACACCAGCAGCAGCUUCCCCUCCAGCUCGUCCACACCGGUGAGGUCUCCGUCCCCGCUGCAGAGCGGAGCUGAACAUGCAGGUACCAACAUGUGGCCCCGGGCACCAGUGUCACCACACUAUGAGUCUUCACUUAUAUCAUUGUCGCAGGUGGAGGACCGGCUUGACAGACUGGACGAUGUGAUCCACGUCCUGAGGAACCACGCCGUGGGCCCCACGGGCGGCCCCCCCUCUGACCUCCACGGCCUGCUCAACCACAACCUCCACGGCCACCUGGGACCCGCCAGCAGUCUGCCGCUCACCUGCCACACCUCGGCCAUGGGUGAAGCUGUUAAUAUGAACAACAACCACUCGGCCUUCCAGAGUCGGCCACCCAACGGCCAUCCGUACCCAGCCAGGCAGAGGACGCCUCUUCAGCCCAUGCAGGGUGGAGGAGGUCUGGGAGUUCAGAAUAAUCUGGAGCUGAAGAUGGAGAGCAGGGAAAGGGAAGCGAUGAUGCACACCAGUCACAGCUCUGACAGCCAGAGAUCAGAUGAUGAAAGCGAACUCAAAGCACAAGAAGAAAACAGUGGAAGUAACAGUAUCCACGAGGACGGUGACGAAGAUCUGAGUCCCGAGCAGAAGGCCGAGCGGGAGCGCGACAGGCGGAUGGCCAACAACGCCCGUGAACGUCUGCGUGUGCGGGACAUCAACGAGGCCUUCAAGGAGCUGGGUCACAUGUGUGAGCUGCACCUGAAGAGCGAGAAGCCCCAGACCAAGCUGCUGGUGCUGCACCAGGCCGUGUCAGUGAUCCUCAGCCUGGAGCAGCAAGUCAGAGAGAGGAAUCUGAACCCAAAGGCCGCGUGUCUGCGGAGGAGAGAGGAAGAGAAGGCGUCCGCAGUCAUGAGCGAUCCGCAGUCCAUGCAUCUCGCUUUCAAUCCCAGCGGGACUGCAAACCCCAUGGGCCACCUCUGAUCAUCUGAUGAGUGCAUCAAAUCCAGCAUAAGAUGUUGGGUGAAGAGCAUCCCAGGAAACAUGCAGCUGUUUUGGGGGUCCAGCAUUCCUUCUGAAUUCGGACGGCGACCUCUCCGUUGAACAAUCAUCAUCGUCGAACUUCGUGCCUAAACUGUACUUGUACACUGCAGAUGUUUUGUACAUAUUUUGUAUAUUUGCUGAUUCUCUGUGUGUUUUGAUUAUAUCUGGCGUAGUGACAAGGGACCAUCUGCAGUUUUAGAUUUUUUUUUUUUGCAGAGCCAGAUACAUAACUUUGGGACGGACUUUUACAGUAUGUCACUAUUUACCACACGUCCACUCGUGAUUUCCACCGAGCUCAGAUAACCGACUUUCCUAUCUAUCUGUGUGUGUGUUCAGACCACGGAUUAUAUUUGUCCUGUGGUGUGUGUGUGUGUACUGCAGGAGGCUGAGCAUUCUGUGAAUGGAACAGAUCUCCGAGAAUGUUCUUUUAACACAUCAUCUGUUAUCUGUAAAUUUGUUACAAAUUUGUGUUAUGACUGUUAACAGGAUUACACUUAACGGCACACCGGUGGACAGAAUCCCUCCUCUUCUCAGUCUAAUUAUUCCUCUUCAGACGUAGUCAAAGCUCUUUGCAUGUUUUUAAUAGAACAUUACAUUUUUUUCUAAGUUAUGUAACUUAUCUUUUAUACAAAUAUUGUGAAUUUCAUAACGUCUAUUUACUUUUACACAGAAAAACCUUUUGUGCAGUUUUGCUAGACGUAGCUAGACGAUGUCAUGCUCUGAGCAAUACAGUAUUACAGAAUAAUUUAUGUCUUGUUUGCUUCUCACUCUGCUGAACAAAUAAUAAAUAUUAUUCAAAAAACAAUCUGUAAUACUCCUCAUAACAUGUACAGUAUGUGUACAGUUUGAAGUAGCCUUCAGGCAUGUGUUGAAAUGAUAAUGUAGCAAUAAAUGUCUUUUUUCAAAAGGA